GCAAGACGGUUUAUAAUUUUUAAUUUAAUUUUUCUUUAUUUAUUCAUGGGAGAUGGGCGUCGCUGGGUGUUGUCUAUCCUUAGUUUUCCCCUGGAGGUGGUGGUGGUGAUGAACUGCCCCCCUUGAGCUGCUGCAGUCGAUGCGGUGUACGUAGAUCCACAAAGCUGUUCGGGAAUGCAGUUUUAGGAUUUUGACACAGCAACGCUGAAGGAAUGGCGACAUUUCUCCUUGUGUAGGUGGUGAGUGGCUUGGAAGGUGAACUUGCCAAUAAGUGGUGUACCCGUGUAUCUGCUGGUAGCGGUCGUGGGCUUGGAAAGUGCUGUCCGUGGAGCAUUGGUGAAUUUCUGCAGUGUAUCUUGUAGAUGGCACACACUGCCGCUACAGAGCAUUGGUGAUGAAGGGAGUGGAUGUUUGUGAAUGUAAUAAGAGGAUUUGAGUUACACGAGUAACGAUGUCUUGCUGCAGUUAUACAGGGCCUUGGUCCGAGGAAGGACACUCUUACUAUUGACGGAGUCCAGCAAAAGUUCACCAGACUGUUUCCCAGGAUGGCAGGACUGACGUAUGAGAAAAAACUGGAUUGACUGGAAUGAGGAAUGCUGAUGUAACAUACCAUGGAUGAUAUUUGCAUUGUACAAUGUUCACGUCAAAACAGUCCACAAUUACAAUGGCAACGGAGACAGAAAAUGCACGAGCUCUACUUAAAACAUUCAGUACAGCAUCGGUCAUCUCGAGCAUAGGCCUAGGAAUUUUCUGCUUCAUAUCAGAUCAGUGUUUACAAUUUUCUUUAAUACAGAACAAUUACUGGCUUAGGGCUCUUUCAGACAAUGCAGUACAUGGUGUUAUUGGACUGUGGUCUUGGGCCAUUGUGGUUGGAUUGAGAAAGAAGAGUGAUUUUUAUGAAGUGCUUCUUGCUGGAUUUCUGUCUUCUGUCAUUGAUGUUGAUCACUUUGUUGCAGCUGGAUCCAUGUCUCUCAAGGCUGCGUUGCAUCUGCCACAAAGGCCUGCACUGCACUGUUCUACAGUGAUAGCCGUAGUGGCUUUUUCAAUGAAACUAGCUAUGUGGUUAUUUAGACUUAAAGAUUCUUGGUGUUUUCUGCCAUGGAUGGUGACCAUUUCUUGGGUUUCUCAUCACGUCCGCGAUGGUGUCCGACAUGGACUUUGGUUCUGUCCCUUUGGAAAUACAGCCCCUGUGCCAUAUUGGACCUACAUAGCAAUUACAGCUUCAUUCCCUCACCUUUGCUCUGUUCUUAUGUAUGUGACAGGUACUAGAGAAACAAUGUCCAUGUCCCAUGGAAUUGCAAUUGAUGUAUAACUGCCUAUGUAUAUCGUGAUUUCUUGUUUAAGCUUCCCACACUGAGCUGGAUGUAUUUUCAUAUACUAACUACUGACCAACACUUUUUUGUGAAACUACUUGUGUAUCAGCAAUAUGCUGUGUAUAAUGUUUUAGGAUAUAGCUUUUUCUCUGAUUAAACAGCUAGAGUUUUUUUAAAUUUAUAUUUCCCCACAGUUUCUGUUGUAACGUGAUCAAUGGUUCACAUAAAACUGUAGCUGUUUAAGUUAACUGCAGUGCAAACGUAUUGUGAUUGAAGGUUAGAAUGAGAUAAAGUUUUAUUAUUUAUAAUUAAAGAUAUUCACAGUUUGGUUGUGCUGGUUUUGAAGUGCGUUUGUUGAAAAUGGGUGAAGAAUUGUUAUAGCAUCAGCCAUCAAUGUGCCAAAUAGGAAAAUAAGUGUAGUAAUUUAUGUACAGUUGACCUCUUAACAGAAUGAACAUCUUUGCUUGUACAUUGCUAAAAGGAGACAGGAAGUUAAAGCUUUUUGUCUCCUACUUAUCAGGAGUAGGAUGCAACAAACAGACUUGGGGAGAAAAGUGACACAAUUAUAUACAGCAUGAGAAGAGAAUGUUGAUCGAUUGUGCCACAAUUGGCACGGAGAUGCAGCAAGAACGGUUAACCGUAAAUCUUAAUUCUUAGACUAGGCACUGUAGAUUCUGAUUGGUCUGGGUGUUUGGAGAUGAAACAGAGAUUGGCUGUCUCCCAUGACCCCUUUUAUGAAAGAGGAGCAAUGUAUGUACAAAUUCCUUUUGCCUGCAUUGGUCUCCAGUGUAACUAGCCUGUGUAAGCCUCAGAAAAGUAUAUCUCCCAUUGAUGUUCUCACUGCAUCUCCAUGCUGUGAUGGCCUAACCCUUUUCUCAUUUGUAUUAAAAUGGUGUAUUUUUUUCCAAGUCUGUUUGUGUCCUAGUUCCAAUGAACGUGGUGAAUUUCUGACAAAAAGCUUCAAUUUCUUGUUUCCUUUAAGCAAUGUUUAAGUUCUGUACCGUCAAGCAAUUACCUGUGUUUUAUGGUUACUAAAUUUGUUAUAAUUUCAAAUUAAAAUGAAUUUAGACAAA